UAUGCAAACAAAUCGAUCAGCAGAUGAAUAUUUGAGUUUAAUAGAAAAGCAAAUUCAAUUUCUAGAAUAAUAUUAUCUAAAAAGUGCAGAUGAGACAGACACUUAAAUUAUAUAGAAAUUUAUUAAAGUCUACAAAUACAUUGAUGAAGCAUAUAAAGUAUUAUAUAUCCAUUAAAUUAAAGAGUAGUUUCAUUUCUGAAGAAGCUUUAUUUUAGACUUAUGGCUUCUUUUAUUAGACAACCAAGAAAUUCACAAGAAAAUUAGAAAACAAAAUAUAUUAUGAGAAAACAGAUUACGAAGCUACUCUUGAAAAAUUUGAAAGAUAAUAAAUCAAAUUAAUUCCACUUUAUAAAGAACUGAUUCUAGAUGCUUAAAAACUUUAAAGAAUGGAUUUAGACACUUUAUUAGAUUCUAAUAUGGUUCAUCACGUUUACACAAAAAAAGAAUUGGGUUAAUUUUCACUUUAAUUGUUUGAUUUCCUAAAUUUGGAUACAAUUAAAGUCCCAAAAAAUGUAUUAAGUGAAUUGAUAACAGAAAUCAUAAUGAAUUAUAAUGUUGUACCAUAUCAUAAUUUUACUCAUGCAUUCUAAUUAUCAUAACUAUUAUUUUCCUGUUACAUGAAAUCAGAUUUGAAGAAAUUUUGUAAUUAAUUAGAAAUAUUUUCUGCUAUAUUAGCUGGAUUAGGACAUGAUCUUAAUCAUAGUAAAGUUAUUAUUUAUAUUUUUUUUAGAGGGAGUCAAUAAUAUGUACAAAAUUAAAAAAUCUAAAAAAUUCAAUGUGCUAACUUCAGAGAUUGCUGUUUUAGAAAAUAUGCAUUGUGCAACUUUUUUCAAUAUUAUUUAAUUAAAUAGAUAACAUGACUUUUUUUAAUAUAUGACUAAUGAUGAAGAAAGAAAUCUAGCCAAAAGAUUAAUUAUAACAUCUAUUCUAGCAACUGAUAUGGUUAUUAUAUAAACUUAUUUUAUUAGAGUAAACAUAAUAAAUUACUGGCAAAAUUUUAGAAAAGAGUAGAAUGUUCAAAAUAAUUUGAAUAAGGAGAAAAGAAUGAAUUAAUUGAUAUGUAAAGAUUUUCAAAUGAAAGACUUGAGGAUCGAAUAUUCAUUUUAAAUAUUAUGGUUCAUGCUUGUGAUAUAUCCAAUCCAACAAUGAAAUUCGAUAAUUAUAUGAACUGGUCUUACUUAUUAACCUAAGAAUUCAAUGAUUAAGUAUAACAAUUUUAAUAAUUUUCUAUAGACUAUCAAAGAAGCUAGAGUUGGAGUAGAUAUUACAGGAUUCUUAAUUUAUAAAGAUAAACCAACAUAUUAUGGAGGUUAAAUCUUUUUUUCAAGUAAUAGUUAAAUUAUUACUAUUUUAGAAACCUUUGUUUUUCCUUUAUGGUUUUAAAUUGGUGAAAUGUACCCAGAACUUAAAUAUUUAUCAGAAGAAAUUAAUAAAAAUUUAGAAAUUUUAUAAUAAAAACUCAAAUAAUAAUGA